AUGCAAGAUAUAGAGGAGUUUAAAGAAUCUGUCAGGAGUCUAUGCGUCCUUGAUGAGACCUGGAGCAGCUUUGCCGUUGCAACCUUGCCUUUUCCUCCUAAACUAGUCAAGUUUGAUGCUGAAACCAGGAAUCUCCAGUCAAAUUAUAUCCAGGUUCUGAUAGAUCUUACGACUAAUAUAAGAGAACUGAACAGAGCAGAUGCACAUCCCAUGAUCCCAACUAAUCUAGCUCCUUGNAGGAUAUAUCUAAACCAGAUUUAUUUAAUUCUAUUAGUCAAUCUACAGGAUAUAUCUAAACCAGGCCCGGUACUUCACAGUCUCGUCAUAUUCCAUCGGUGGAUACUUAGAACAUACAUCAAGUGCAGAACCCCACAUCGACUAGAGAGAAACUCUGCUGUCACAGUUCCUGGUGUUCGUAGAGAUCCUGCCUUGAUAUUCAGGGAUCAGACGAACAAUUUGGUUCUGAACCUGGUUUCAAGUUCUCUCCGGUUUCUUCAACAGGUUCUCCUCUCCGACCUAGCUCCGUCCUCUCUUCCUUCUCCUUCAUCCUUCUCAUCCCCUCUGCUCUACUCGGUUCCGGAGUGGAAAAAUCUCAGUGGUUGUGAUGCCUCUGAGUUUAAAUCCUUGCUGUCCUACGAUCUUGGGUCUUGUUAUUUCUUCAAUGAAAGCUAUCCGGCGUCCUCAACCUGCUUCACAGCUUACUUUAAGUACUCGGCAAACGUAUCUGGUGCUAGCAACCAACCUGGUGCUGACAGCCUACCCAACCAAUCUGAAGCUCUGUCUGAUGUUCUCAAAUCUGAUAUUCAGGAGGGUAAGCUUAACGGAUACCUGAUGUGUCUUGGUCUGAAGCCUUUUGCAAACAAGAGUGCCACUGUACAGUUUCUUGACUCCGCCAAGGAGCAGCUGGAGAACUUGGUGAACCAGGUGGAGGAGGACACCAUCAAGAAGGAGAUCUCCGGGGAAGAGCUAGAGCUGGCCAAGCUUGAACUCUCCAGAAAUCCUCCUUCUCCUGGAGCCAAGGCGGAGAUUCUACCCAACCUUCAGGUUAUCAGUCUUGUCCGACGGUUUCUCUCCGGGCUCCCUCUAACCUCUGGAAACCUCAAGGAGCUCCGGGCCAUGAAAGGUCUAGCGAGCAAGAUCAUGAAAACCCAGGUUUUAAAGGUUAAGGAUCAGGGUUCGGUGUCGGAGAAGAAGUUGCUCCAGGUUCUGGUUCGGAGUCUGGCUAGAGAAGGAAUUCUCUCUGGAGAAUGUUUUGAUAUUGAACCCAUCCCGAAGAUUGUGAUUCCAAAUUUAAAAGUUGAUCCUCUCAAGUGUGAAACCUUCAAUUUAAAGGAUAUAAGUCGGUAUAACGCUUGUAUCGAACUGAUAACAUCAAUGAUCCCUGCCGAGAUUGCUGCGCUCACCAAAAGUGUCCGGCUCACGGGGCAGCUUACUCAAAGGCUAAACCCUGAGGAGCAUUAUUUGCGCUUGAUGAAUCAGCUGGGUGGGUCAACCAAACCUGCAACAUUAGAUAAUCUUUCUAUAAUAUUAUCCAAGCUGGGUCAGCUGAAGAAGCUACAGAGAUGGAGGGAUGCAGGUGUACUGAUCGAUAAAACUUUGGAAUUCAUAAACAGUGAGGGUAUAGGAGGAGUUGGAGGACGAGGUCUUCCCUUGCUCCUCAGUGAAGACAGGUUGUGUGUUGACCUCUUGAAGAACAAGGAGGAGGAGAAGGACGGGGAGAAGAACAUGGAUCCGAACCUGUACAGACAGGCUGUAGCAGUUCUCAGCUCAGGAGAUACUACGGUUAAACAGUUACAAGAGCUGAGCUUAAACUUGGUAGUAGGAUCUGGAGACUGGGAUUCAGUUCUCCGUAACCCAGGGAAAUUAGGAACUACUUCAUCCCUAGCUCGGAGCUUAGUUAACCUUCACAUCAGCAUCCCUUUAAACAAUCCACAGAUGAUAAAGAAGUUAGGACGCGAAGUGUGGGAUCUGAUAUUUCCUUAUGUAUCCUCUGUAGGAAAUAAGAGAGGGAAGGAUCAGACAUUAAACACUCUCCAGGACAGGGCCCAGGUGCAGGGGUUCCUUGAGAAUAUUCGGAAUCCAGAUCUCGCAGUUCUUGUUCUAUCUCUUCUAGCAACUCUUUUCAAUGUUGUCAGAGAUGAUCCGAGUACAGAACUGGUUUCUACUUUUUCUAGUGUUUGGCCCUCAGGACUAGCAACAAACCAGGGAAUCCAGGAGAAACUAGUUCAGGAACUAGUGGACGGUGUUAUGAAGGUUUAUCGGAAAAGAUUUCCAAAAGAUUCUCUGAUUGUUCAAACCUCAGGGGAUCUCCAGUACGCAAACUCAAACUUCAGGUCCGCCCUGGCUCAGUAUGUGGAGAUGGUGGCUCUAAAAACAGAUUUUUUUGAACAACCCAUUGAUCAGUGUGUACUGUCUGAUUGUUAUGUAAACAGAAUGGUUCGCUGUUGUGCUGAAAUGAACCGGUUAACUCAGGCUGUUGUGUUGAGCCAACUGAAUGCAGAACCAAACUAUGCACAGGUGUUCAAGUAUCUACAGGACAGAGAAAGCAGUGACUCCCUGGACUCCCUGUACUCCUGUAUAUGGGAUAUGACCAUUCUAGAGUUUGCCAUGAGUCUACAUACAAGACGUGGAGAGAUAGCACGACGUCGUCAAGUUCUCUCUUGUAUAAUGCAGCUCGAGCUCAACACAAACAACGAGCAGGAAAUAAAACGCGAAGCUGCAAAUGUUCGAAAGUCCAUCUUCUUCAGGUCUUUGGCUUCACAGCUGUUUACCCCAGCCUAGACAGCUGUGACAGAGCAGCUGUUUAUUCCAGUAUUGACAGUAUUUAUGUAAACCUUGACAGCUUUAAAAGAAGAGCUAAGUUUUGUCAGCAUGCUGCUGACUCCAGUGUAAAUUGAAGCUAGUGCAGCUGUUUACAGCUGUUAGAAUAUUUACAGCUGUCCAACCUUCAUAUUUGUUAAAUCAUAAUCUUUAAUUAUCCUUAGCCUAACCUCAGCUGUCUGAUCUUCCAAAUUGUUGAAAUGUUAGUUUCAGA